GCGAUGGCUGAGGGACUGCUCUGAAGCAGCUGCAUCUGCCAAGAUAAACAACUGGCCAUUUUAGGUAGUGAACAUGCCCCACCUCCUGCCUCAUAUGUGGAGAGAGGCCGGCUUCAGAACACAGAAAGAGUUUCCUCCCCCAAAGAAGGGAGCCUUGGAGAAAGAAGCACACCAGAAAAUCGGCCGAAUAAGGAAUAGCCAACAUGGGAAAGUACCUGGUGCUUUGCUCAAUAGUGAUGCUCUUUGUUCUGCUUCAGACAGAAGUCAUCAUGUCCCUUUCCAGAAGAGGAAGCAGCAGGCCCAGUGGUGGCAAUCGAGGGAGUCACCACAAGCCCAGCAGGCCAGUACAUCAGCCUAGCAAACCCAGCAGGCCAGUACAUCAGCCUAGCAAACCCAGCAGGCCUGUGCAUCAACCAAGUUAUCCUGGCAAUCCUGUACACAAACCUAUAAAACCUGUACAAAACCCUGUCAAACCUGUGCAGGAAGUACCGGUCCAGUCCGCACGCCAACCUGUCCAGCCUGUGCAAAACCCCGUGGUGCCACAAAACAAACCCGCAAAUAACCCUCCUCCGUAUAAUCCUGCAUACCAGCCAAAUAAUCCUGCCAACCCUGCACAAAACCCUGUGGUGCCACAAAACAAACCCGCAAAUAACCCUCCUCCAUAUAAUCCUGCAUACCCACCACAUAAUCCUGCCAAUCCCGCACAAAACCCUGCUUAUCCUCCACAUAAUCCUGCCAACCCUGCACAAAACCCUGCUUAYCCSCCACAUAAUCCUGCCAACCCUGCAUACCCACCACAUAAUCCUGCUAACCCCGCACAAAACCCUGCUUAUCCUCCUCAUUAUCCUGCCAACCCCGCACAAAACCCUGCAUACCCGCCACAUAAUCCUGCCAACCCUGCUUACCCACCACAUAAUCCAGCCAACCCUGCAUAUCCACCGCAUAAUCCCGUCAACCCYGCACAAAACCCUGCAUACCCGCCACAUAACCCUGCCAAYCCUGCAUACCCGCCACAAAAUCCUGCCAACCCCGCACAAAACCCUGCUUACCCACCACAUAAUCCUGGCUACCCUCAACACAACCCUGCCUAUCCACCGCCAAAUCCUGGCUACCCCCAUAACCCCAAUUACCCACAAAACCCUAGCUAUCCCCACUAUAACCCUGGCUACCCACAUAAUCCUAAUUAUAAUCCAAAAUGGGGCCACUAUGAUGCCAAACCAUGGAAGCCAAAGCCUCCCAAGACCAAUCUGAAGCAUAUCGCAGGAGCCGCUGCGGUGGGAGCCCUCGGUGGCUUCGUUUUAAGUCAUGCCAUGUCCAACAUGCACUUCAAUUUUAGAAACCGCGAGGAGCAACGCUGGUGGUAUGAAAACCGUAAUCGUUAUUCGGAUCAAGUCUACUAUCCAAAGUAUGAGCAGCCUGUUCCACCGGAAGUCUUUGUGCGGGACUGUUGGAACAUCACCGUGAGAGAGUUCAUUGAGCCCACUGGGAAUGACACGGCAGAUGAGAUGGAGCGCAGAGUUGUGACCCAAGUGGUACACGAGAUGUGUGUUCAACAGUACCGUAGCUAUUCCGGGCAAGCAGAAGGAGGCAGCGUAAUCCACAAUACUCACAUUCAGGAGCCUAAUCCAUCUAACCCUGUGAUGGAGCGCACACAAGGAGGAGCGGUUGCGGGUACUGCAGUGGGAAACACGGAGCUCAGCUUGGGCGGCCCGAUGGGCGAUAUGCAUUUUCAGUUUAAUGACAGCGAGGAGCAACAGUGGUGGAAUGACAACCGGCAUCGUUUUAUGGGCCGUGUUUUCCAGCCGAACUACAGCCAGCCUGUUCCGGCUGAUGUUUUUGUGAGCGACUGCGUGAAUGCCACGAUGGGCGAGUACACGAAGCCGAGCGGAAAUGAAACGGCCAAUGAGACCGAAACCAGAGUUCUGAAACGACUGGUACCCGAAAUGUGCAUGGAGCUAUACCAUAACUACUCCAGACAGAGUGAAAAAGAAAUGGUUUACAACAGUGACAAGAAGCUGGAGGAAUCGAUUGUGCCUGUCAAGCUUGCGAUCAAGGACAUGACUACUAAACACCCCACAGAAAAUAACGGUGGAAGAAAUGGCGCAAUGUCUAUGCAUUUUCCUUUUGCUGAUGCUCUCCUCCUGCCUUCCAUGCUCUUGGCCACUGUGUUAUCCACAGGUUUCCUGAUACCCUGAGGCCAAGGUUUCCCAUAAACUUGUACUUGUUGAUGUAGCAAAUGUCCAGGAGACAAAUCCAUAUUAUUCUGCCGUUUUUGUCGAGAAUGCACUCCUGCAUCUUGUUUACUGAAGCUGUAUAAAUGACCCCAAGCUGCUAUGUACACUUUUCCCUUUAGGACUAUCUUUGGCUGCUGUUCCGGAAGAGUUUCGAAGGAAAGAUGUCAACUAGUUAGUUUGAAUAUUUCCACACUCUCGCCACAAUCAAUAUAAUCUUCCUUAAUAGCAGUCCAAUCUUAAGGUAACGGAGGGUGCAUUUAUACUGGAGAAUUAGUACGUUUUGGUGCCACUUUAAGAACCAUAGCUCACUAUUAUGCAGUCACGAGAGGUGGGUGUUUCUAAGGUCUUGA